AUGGCAAUUCUCAAAGCACUACAAACUUUAGUUAAAGUUGAAGAAGAUAGUGACACUGAGAUUGAGGAAAUUCUUGAAGAAUGUGAAAAGCUUGCAGUGAAGUGUAACCAACAGAAUUCCCAGAUAAAAAAGCUCAGUUCAGAAUUCCUAUUGAAAUCUCAAGUCAACACUCAGUGGUCUACUAAGAAGUGUAAAGAAGAACUGUUUCUCAUUCUUGAAGAAAGAUCCCUAAAGAUGGCUGAGAUCUGGAAGCAAUCCACAAAUGGCUGCUUAAGACAUAUGAUAGGUGAUGGUUCCAAAUUUAAUUCUUUAAAGCAGUUUGAUGGUGUAAAUGUUAUCUUUGGAGGUAAUCAAAGAGCUAAGAUUGUUAGAAUUGGUACUAUGAGUAAGUUUGAAGAAUUACCAGAAAUUCAAGAAGUUCUAUUGGUUGAAGGACUCAAACAUAAUCUCCUUAGCGUCAGUCAAUUAUGUGACAGUGGGAAGGAAGUCUGUUUCAAUAAAGAAAGAUGCAAUUUGAUUGAUCUUGAAUCAAAACAAGAUUUGUUCUCAGCUAAUAGAUCUUCAGAAAAUGUGUGCACAGUCACUGAAGCAAGUCAAGUCACUUAA